AUGGAUGUGGAGGAUAUAGGUGCCAGGCAUCCUGAGGCCUUUCAUCAGAGCGACAGGCAGACUUCAGCAGCAACAAGGGAAAACACAGCAAAGAAACUGGGCAGCAGCACUGGAAGAUUUGCCAAUGCCACCUUAGUGCGACUGGCAGAAUUUUUGAGUGUCGGUUAUAAGAAAGGAGUGAGACCAGUGAAAGACUGGAACACCCCUACUAAUGUGGAAAUUGACCUCAUGGUAUACUCUAUCCUUAAUGUGGAUGAGAAGAAUCAGGUGUUAACAACAUACGUCUGGUACAGACAGUCAUGGAAAGAUGAGUUCCUGGUGUGGGAUUCACAGGACUUUGAUGGAGUCAAAAAAAUUUCCAUACCCACGGCUAAUGUUUGGGUUCCUGACAUCCUCAUCAAUGAAUUCGUAGACGUGGGGAAGUCUCCAGACAUUCCUUACGUUUAUGUCACAGAUGAUGGAGUUGUGCGCAACUACAAGCCCAUCCAGGUUGUCACAGCUUGCACUCUCAAUAUCUACAACUUCCCAUUUGAUGUACAGAAUUGCAGCCUGACCUUCCAAAGCUGGCUCCACACCAUUGAUGACAUCAACAUCACCCUGAUGCGAGAGCCCGAGGAACUCAGUAAAGACAAGAGUGUCUUCAUGAACCAAGGAGAGUGGGAGUUACUUCAUGUACUAUCCAAAUAUAAGAACUUCAGUGUGGACAAAGAAGAGUAUUACGCUGAAAUGAAAUUUCAUGUGGUGAUCCGACGGCGACCAUUAUUCUACACCGUGAACCUGCUGCUGCCCAGCAUCUUCUUAAUGGUGAUGGACAUUGUGGGUUUCUAUCUGCCACCAGACAGUGGAGAGAGAGUUUCAUUCAAGAUCACUUUGCUGCUGGGCUACUCUGUCUUCCUCAUCAUUGUGUCUGACACUCUGCCUGCCACUGCCAUAGGAACCCCGCUAAUUGGUGUGUACUUUGUGGUUUGCAUGGCCCUCCUAGUAAUCAGCCUAACAGAAACUGUACUGAUUGUACGUUUGGUCCACAAACAAGACCUGCAGCCCCCUGUGCCCCAGUGGCUGAAGUAUCUGGUGUUGGAAAGAGCUCCAGUCCUUUUCUGCAUCCACAAAAAGCACCGGCUAUGUUCCAGACUUUCCUCUCAGUCCACUGACAUGGAGAACUACAAGGAAAACAACUAUGGAAGUGGUAGCCAGCAUGAGAGAGAAGGUGGACUGCUCGGACUGCACCUGACUCCAGCUAAGGACAACGUCCCACCUCUCAUGGACAACAUCCUGCAAGAGGUGACAACGAUACGUCACUUCCUAGAGAAGAGGGACAAGUGCCGUGAAAUUGCCAAGGAGUGGCUCCAGGUUGGCUAUGUGCUUGACGUGCUGCUCUUCAGAGUCUACUUGGUGGCCGUGGUGGCCUACAGCAUCACCCUGGGCACACUGUGGUCUGUUUGGCAGGCCGCCUAA